GGGUGUGAAGGGAGGAACUCAGCAGGUGGAGCAGGUCAGUGGUAGGGAAGGGAAUAGUCGCCGUUUCGCGUCGAAACCCUGCACUAAAGUGAGCCAAGCGGAUGCAAGGCAAGCUGCGGCGCGUCAAUACGAGCUGAGAUAAGCCGGGUCGGAUCGAGUCGGGCAGGGAUGAAGAGAACUGAAUUGAGUGGAGUCAGGCCGUGAAGCUGAAGGGAAUCGCGCUGAACGGAUUGGAGUUAUUGCGACCGCGCCCCUGCAUUACUGCCCUCGCUCGGCUGAGAACGGCGGCUGUCGCCUGUCCGUCAUCCACCCGGGGACGUGGAGCCGAGCAGCGUCGCCCCAGACAUUUCCUUCUCACCCCAAACGGCUUUGCAGUCGCCGACUAUGGACGCGUUAAAAUCGGCUGGCAGAGCGCUGAUCCGGAGCCCCAGUAUCAGCAGGCACAGCUGGGGCUUGGCGCGGCACCACAAAUUGUCGGAAAACUGGACCGAUACAAAAGAAACCUUACAAGAAGGGAUGGCCUUUCACCUUAAAUAUCUUGGUGUGACAGCAGUGGACCAACCUAAAGGAGAAGGAAUGGCAGCUGCUGCCAUUAGACGGAUAAUUACUGUGGCCAAGGCAAGAGGAAAGAAAUUCCUCAAAGUUACCCUAACUGUUUCUCCUCGAGGGAUAAUGUUGGAAGACACAACAACCAAUGAACUCAUAGAAAAUAUCUCCAUCUACAGAAUAUCAUACUGCACUGCAGACAAGACCCAGGACAAGGUAUUUGCAUAUAUUGCUCGGAGCCAUGUAAAUGAAACUUUGGAAUGUCAUGCAUUUCUGUGUCCGAAGAAAAAAAUUGCACAAGCUGUGACCUUAACAGUCGCCCAGGCUUUCAGAAUUGCAUAUGACCUUUGGGAAGUAGCACAAGAGGAAAAAUGUAAAAAGACUCGUGAAUCAUGUAACAGUCCUGAAACCGCAUCCCUCAAUGGAGCAACGAGAUGUGUAGAGCCAGAUGCAAUUACAGCAAACGAUUGCACAGUAAACCAAGUCCAGAAUCCAUUUAUUUCACAAGCAGAAAUUCAUCUCGGUAUCACAAGGCAAAGCAGUCCAUCCUACGGAUCCCCUUUACACGCACUCUCUUGGGAAGAGGACGAUGGUCUUGAUGAUGCCUUUUCAAGACUUGCCGAGUCUCGAACAAGUAAACAAUGCAAGAAUAUCUCCAAUUUUCAGGAUUCUCAGGUAAAGGAGACAAACCUGCCAGACACGGACACAAGCGAAGUGUUCUCAACCCUUACGGACUUGGACACAGGAGAUUUGUCACCGGUUCAGGCAGAACUGCCACUUUCUCAUUGAUUUGGAUAUCAUUCUAAUCACAGAACUUGCUGAGAAAAGAGCUGGAGGGAAAUAUACUGCUGGAAAAUCAUCUUUUUCCUCUUGAUGCCUUAAUAGCUAACCAUAUUUUAUAAAAACGUGUUUACCUUUGAACCAAUAUUUACACGCAACAACUGUAUUUGCAUUUUUGACAACCAUGCCAGUGAUUGAAUAAAUCCUAGACACUUCAGCACUUUGUAGACAAAGUGCUGAAAAAGGCAAAGAGGAUGGGAGCAGCAAUACAAAAUAUAAACAAUGCUUCAUCUAUGAAUCUGGCAGAGUCCACAGGAGCCGACAAACAGCUGUAGUGCAUAAGAGUCAAACAUCGUGGAAAUAUUCAAAUACAAUUCCACUUACGGUCACCAGUCAACAGUUUCACAGGUGGUGGUCAAACAAGUGCCGCUGCUUAUCAGCUGCAGCAUAUGGGUGGGUCACUGUUAUCCUCUAGAGAACAGGCCAAGAGCCUAAUGGAUGCACACAUACAUCACCUCUUCCUUUUGAUGCAUUCCUACCGUCAGUAACGAGAACUUUCUAGUCAUAGAUUUUUCUGCAUGGCUGCUUUUUCGUGAGCUAGACACAAAGAUUGAUCGAGAUCAUUCAAGUACAAAUUGGAUGUACUGUACUUGUGUCGUGUAAUUGUAAAUUGUAGUGCCUGGGAGAAAGGUGGUGACUUCACACUCACACUCACUCCCCCCCCCCCCCCCCCCACCAGGAGUUAUGGGUUUAACCUCAUUGAAACUUAAAUAAUGAAAGGCAUAGAUAGCGUGGAUGUUUCCACUGGUUGGAGAGUCUAGGACCAGAGGUGACAGCCUCAUAGACCGUGGACCGAAGUGCUUUUUAGUUUCAUUUUGUGACCCAAAUCACAUAUCUACCUGUAUUUAUAACAUAGUGUAAAAAUAUUAUAGAAAUCAUACCUGAAACUCGUCAAGAACAAAACCUGCACAUAUUUUUAUAAUAUGAGGAAAAACCUCCAAUUUUCCGAGUAGUAAUUGUCCAAUCAAAGCACGUUUGACAUUGAGUCAGACGCCAAUUGACCAAUCACGUGCUUUGUUUCAUGCUAGCGAGGCAGCGAGCACACUGGCUGCCUACUAACAUGGGGAGAAGGCAGGAACGGGUACUGAUUGGGAAUGAUCAGCCAUGAUCACAUUGAAUGGCGGUGCUGGCUCGAAGGGCUGAAUGGCCUACUCCUGCACCUAUUGUCUAAUAACAUCACAACAAUAGCAAGGUUUGGAAGGAAGAAAGUUAAUGCUAACCACUUGCUGAUAAUUUUGUUUUACAACUGAUUUAUCUUUGUAAAGUUAUGAUGUUGUGAACUGUGAAAUAAAAAUGAUAAAUAAAAAUGUAGAGCUAGUGUUAGGAUUAGAGUCAGGCAUUUUCCUCUCAGUGCAAGAGGGUUAGGGCUGAUAGCUGCUGUGAGGGAUCAGUCGGGCUGUUGCAGUGAGCGAGGGGGCGGACUGAUGGAGCCAGCGCUA